AUACCAUUUUUUAAAUAGUCUAAUAUUAAAUAAAAUGGAACUUCACAACAAAAAUAUUAAACUCCUUUGCAGAGUUUGUGGACAGUUACUUGGUAAAAAGCAUUAUUUUAUAUCCAAAAUUCUUAAAGUAAAAUUAGAGAUGCUGUUUCAUGUUAAAAUGACAGAUUUGGAAAUUGUCCAUCCUCAAAAAAUGUGUAAAAAAUGUUAUUGUACAAUAAACAAUGUGCUUUCAAGAAAAACAUCAACUGCCCUUGGUCUCUGUACUAAAUGGAAACCACACUGCGAUGACUGUUUUACUUGCCAAUCAGUAAAAAAUCUUAGAAAAGGUUUAAUUUCUAAACAACAAUCUAAAAAAAAAGCAAGAUGUAGUGGCCGCCAAAAAAAUGAUUCAAAGAUGUGGACAUUUGCAAUGUUCACUACAAUAAAAGAAGCAAUAACCAUAAUACAUGAUGAAGACAUAGAUAUAUCAGAGCUAAAUAAUGAGUUAAAUCCUCAUUUGCAACAUUGCUUAUGUAAUAUAUGUGGUAAAAUUCCAAAGCAACCUUUAACUUUAAAAAAAUGCGAGCAUCUUUUCUGCUUUUUUUGUAUUGUAGAAAAUAUCAAGUUAAAGCCAAUUAGUAAAGCAAUAUGUCCUCAAUGCCAAGAACAUUUAUUAUAUGAAGAUUUAUUAACAAGUAACAAAACAAAUUCUCUCAUUAAAAUGUUGACUGUUGCAUGUAUUUUAUGCCAAAUGAAAUUUAAUAUAAUUCAAGAAUAUGAAAUCUAUAAAAAUCAUAAAGACAUAUGUUCUAAGAAGGCCACAUUUUUGCCAUUAACAUUGCCAUUGUCAUCAUUAGCAGUGUCACCAACAACUUAUUUAAAACCAUAUUCAUCUAAAACCAACAUAUCAGAUGUUUUUAAACUAACAAAAGACAGUGUAGUUCCAAGAAUAGUUGAAGAUGCUGCUCUUCACACUAUCAAACAAAUGAUGGCUAAAAGUGAAGAAAACUUAGUUACAUUUAGAAGUGGAGGGCCAAGACCUGUUUUGUUUUCAUCUGUUUCACAAGCUUAUGUUUGCAGCAACAAGGCAUCAAUCAAAACAUUAAGAUGUCGAAAUAUUUUGGUAAAAAAUCAGCUGGAAAUUAUUGCAGGUAAAUCUAAUGAUGCAGUUGGUUGCCAAUCCUCAAAGCUGCUUAAUUCAUUUCAACCUGAAAUGAGGGAAUUAAUAUUAACCAAUUCAAAUAUUAAAAGAGUUACGAUUGGUGCAGCUGAGAUUAUAGCAAUGAAAGCAGAUUUAAGUUUGCCUUGGGAAAAACUAAAAACAAUUUCUAGGUGGUUAAAGACAUUCGAUAUUAAAAUAGCCUCACAUGCUUCACAAAGGCUACUUUUUGAAAGUUUAUUAGGAGACGAUAUCAUAGUUGAAAAUGCUCCAUUUGCAUUUCAAAAAGAAGUAAAAGGUACCUUUGAAAUUAAAUUGGCACCUUGGGGCUAGAUAGAACAUUUGCCAACAAAUAUCCUAAGGCAUCUUAAUAAAUUAGAAAGUGUUUAGCAUUUUUGAAGCCAAAGAUUACAGAAUUAACAUUAAAGUAACCAUAGAAAGGUUUCAAAAGCAAAUUGAAGAUCUUCAAAGAAUGAAAUAUAAGGAUAAUAGCAUCAGAGUGUUUGUUUUUGGAGAUUAUCAGUUUCUUUGUGCACUCUAUGGUAUUUCUGGAGCUACAGGGAGACAUUGUUGUCUUUUUUGUAAUGCUACAUCGACUGAUAUGAAAGGUAUUGAAUGUCAAAGCGCAGAGAUAAAAGUUCGUACCUUAGAAAAUUUGUAUACUGAUUAUAAAAGUUUCAUAGAAAAGGGAGGUCGGCUGAAUGAUGCUAAACAUUUUAAUAAUGUUGUAACAGAGCCAAUGUUAAAAAUACCUUUAGAUCAGGUAUCUUUACCAAGUCUUCACAUGGCUCUUGGAAUUUAUCUGAACUUUUUUAACUUCUUUGAAGAUGAAGUGCAUGAGUUAGAUGUUUUAUUGGCAGCAGAAGAAAUUAAAAUGACAAAUAACUAUACAGCUAGCUAUUCAGAAGAAUAUCAAAUCUUUGUAAAAGAACAGAAAGAAUUAUCAAAUCUUCAAUGUGAGAUUGUCUGUCUUAAUGAAAAACUUCAAUCGAUAAAUGAUAUUGCUUUGCUUGCUGCAAUACAGAAUUCUGAUUAUGGCAUGAAUGUUCAAUCUCUUUACAACUCUGAUAUUGAUUCCAUCAAUUUCAAAAAAGGAGUAAAGACUAAUCAAUACAAUACUCUUAUGCAAAAGCAUUCACUGAAAAAAGGUCAAGGACCUUGCACAAGACAAAUUGAGGCAGUUCUUCAAAAAUUAAACGUGCAGCGACAAGCGUACCAUGGAAAAAGCUUCAUUGGAAACCAUGUGCAUAAAAUGCUCAAAAAGUCAUCAAUACUUGAAUUAUGCAAUUCUAUUCCAAAACUGGUUUAUAAUAAAGGAUUAUCUGGAACAGAUGUUCAUCAAACCGCAGUUGAAAUAAGUACCAAGUAUAAGAAACUGUUUGAUAAAUUUUCUCAAUGCUACUAUAUUUUUUCUUCAAAAGUUAUUAUGACAACAGAAAAAUUGACUCUGCUAAAAAAAAAUAUUGAAGACUUAAUGCAAUAUUUUCGCGCAACUUUCCCUAAUGCUUCAGUUACACCUAAGCUUCAUAUGUUGGAAAAUCAUGCUGUCCCAUUUUUGAAAAAAUGGGGUGCUGGCUUUGGGUAUUAUGGUGAGCAGGGUGGAGAAUCAGUUCAUAUGGAGUUUAACAAACUAAAAACAAUUUAUCAAUCAAUUCCAUCCCCAACAAUGCAACUUAAAAGUAUUUUAAAGUGUCACCAUCAAAAGACAAAUCCCGAGAACAUUCUACUUAAGCCAUGUAUAAAUAAAAGGAAAAGAAAGUAACAAAUGGCUUAUAACAUGAAGUAAAACGAAGAACUAUAACGAGGAACUGUAUAAUGCAUGCUAUUAAAAAAAGGCUAUUUUCAUAGCCACAUUUUAUUAAAAGCUUAUAAUGGCAUAAAUGCUUUCAUUCUGCAUUUAAAAACUCUAAAAAAAAUGUUAUAUUGGAAAGCAGAUGGUAGUGUCAUGUCUCAUCAGAUGGUAGUGUCGUGUCUAUGGGACGUCUGUUUCCAAAAAUAUUUAAAAAACAAAUUUACUUUUUAUACAUCUUUUUUUAUGUUUAAUUUAGAAACAGUUUUUAUAAGAAAAUAUCUAUAAAUGUUAAAUAUUUUUCUUUCAUUUUUAGAAAAAAUGAUUCACAAAGUUUGGAAGAGAAUUAAUGUAUUUCCCAUGUAUUGGUUAAGCUAUUGAAAAAAAAAGCUUUUGUAUAUGGUUUGCAAAGUUGUGUGAGAUCUUUCCUCCGAAGAUAUUAUGUGAAAAAUGCAAUGACAAUUUCAUUCCGAUAAGAUUUGUUUUUUGUUACAUCUACACCGCUAACAUCGUCGAAUGCGAGAAAAGCUGUUACUGUUUACUGUGGGAGAGUUUAAAUGAUUGUAAAGUUUUGUGAUGUUCUAAUGGAAUAAACUUUAUCUAUUUAAAUAAAAAGUAACACAAGAUAAUAUUAAAAUGGUUUUAGAAGCAGUUAAAGUUAAGUUACCAUUUUUUGAAAACAAGCCAGGAAGGCACGUUUUAUUUCA